UUGUGCAUUGCGCCUGCGCGGUGAGGUGGCCGAUGCCGCUAUAAAGGCUUGUUUUGCUCCGGGGCUGAUGCUCGCGAGCGUGGUUGAGCGGCCGGCGCUCCUCUCCGGGAGCUGGGACGCAGAAAUUCUGAAGUGGAACCAAGAGUCUGUGAGCCGUGGCGCCCGCAAUCAGAAGAGAUGAAGGACAUCGACAUUGGGAAAGAGUACAUCAUCCCCAGUCCCGGGUACAGGAGUGUGAGGGAGAGAACCGGCUCUUCUGGGCAGCACAGAGAGCGCGACGAGUCCAGGUUCAAGAGAACUCGACCGCUGGAAUGCCAGGAUGCCUUGGAAACGGCAGCCCGAGCAGAGGGCCUGUCCCUGGACGCCUCCAUGCACUCUCAGCUCAGAAUCCUGGAUGAGGAGCACCCCAAGGGAAAGUACCACCAUGGCCUGAGCACCCUGAAGCCCAUCCGGACCACUUCCAAACACCAGCACCCCGUGGACAAUGCUGGGCUCUUCUCCUGUAUGACUUUCUCCUGGCUUUCUCCCCUGGCCCGCGUGGCCCAUAAGAAGGGGGAGCUCUUAAUGGAGGACGUGUGGUCUUUGUCCAAAUUCGAGUCCUCAGACGUGAACUGUCGAAGAUUAGAGAGACUGUGGCAAGAAGAGCUGAAAGAAGCCGGGCCAGACGCUGCGUCCCUGCGAAGGGUCGUGUGGAUCUUCUGCCGCACCAGGCUCAUCCUGUCCAUCGUGUGCCUGAUGAUCACGCAGCUGGCUGGCUUCAGUGGACCAGCCUUCGUGGUGAAGCACCUCCUGGAGUAUACCCAGGCCACAGAGUCUAACCUACAGUACAGCUUGCUGUUAGUCCUGGGCCUCCUCCUCACAGAAAUCGUGCGAUCCUGGUCGCUCGCCCUGACCUGGGCGUUGAAUUACCGCACCGGUGUCCGCUUGCGGGGGGCCAUCCUGACCAUGGCAUUUAAGAAGAUCCUUAAGUUAAAGAACAUCAAGGAGAAGUCCCUGGGCGAGCUCAUCAACAUUUGCUCCAACGACGGCCAGAGGAUGUUUGAGGCAGCUGCCGUUGGCAGCUUGUUGGCUGGCGGACCCGUGGUUGCCAUCUUAGGCAUGGUCUAUAAUGUAAUUAUUCUGGGACCAACAGGCUUCCUGGGAUCAGCUGUCUUUAUCCUCUUUUACCCAGCAAUGAUGUUUGCAUCACGGCUCACUGCAUAUUUCAGGAGAAAGUGUGUAGCUGCCACAGACGACCGCGUGCAGAAGAUGAAUGAAGUUCUCACCUACAUUAAAUUCAUUAAAAUGUAUGCCUGGGUCAAAGCGUUUUCUCAAAGCGUUCAAAAAAUCCGAGAGGAGGAGCGUCGGAUACUGGAGAAGGCUGGGUACUUCCAGAGCAUCACGGUCGGCGUGGCCCCCAUUGUGGUGGUGAUUGCCAGUGUGGUGACAUUCUCCGUCCACAUGACCCUGGGCUUCGACCUGACCGCAGCACAGGCCUUCACAGUGGUGACUGUCUUCAAUUCCAUGACAUUUGCAUUGAAAGUUACACCGUUCUCAGUAAAGUCCCUCUCGGAAGCAUCAGUUGCUGUCGACAGAUUUAAGAGUUUAUUUCUAAUGGAAGAGGUUCACAUGAUAAAGAACAAACCAGCCAGUCCUCACAUCAAGAUAGAGGUGAAAAGUGCCACCUUGGCAUGGGACUCCUCCCACUCCAGUGUCCAGAACUCGCCCAAGCUGAGCCCCAAAAUGAAAAAAGACAAGAGGGCUGCCAGGGGCAAGAAAGAGAAGGCGAGGCAGCUGCAGCGCACUGAGCACCAGGCCGUGCUGGCAGAGCAGAAAGGCCACCUGCUCCUGGACAGUGACGAGCGGCCCAGUCCCGAGGAGGAGGAAGGCAAGAACAUCCACCUGGGGAGCCUGCGCCUGCAGAGAGCGCUCUACAACAUCGACCUGGAAAUCGAAGAGGGUAAGCUGGUUGGAAUCUGUGGCAGUGUGGGAAGUGGGAAAACCUCACUCAUCUCAGCCAUUUUAGGCCAGAUGACGCUUCUGGAGGGCAGCAUUGCCAUCAGCGGAACCUUCGCGUACGUGGCCCAGCAGGCCUGGAUCCUCAAUGCCACCCUGAGAGACAAUAUCCUCUUCGGGAAGGAAUUUGAUGAAGAAAGAUACAAUUCUGUGCUGAACAGCUGCUGCCUGAGGCCUGACCUGGCCAUUCUUCCCAACAGUGACCUGACUGAGAUUGGCGAGCGAGGAGCCAACCUGAGCGGUGGACAGCGCCAGAGGAUCAGCCUGGCCCGGGCCUUGUAUAGUGAUAGGAGCAUCUACAUCCUGGAUGACCCCCUCAGUGCCUUAGAUGCCCACGUGGGCAACCACAUCUUCAACAGUGCUAUCCGGAAGCACCUCAAGUCCAAGACAGUUCUGUUUGUUACUCACCAGUUACAGUACCUGGUUGACUGUGAUGAAGUGAUCUUCAUGAAAGAGGGCUGUAUUACAGAAAGAGGUACCCAUGAGGAGCUGAUGAAUCUAAAUGGUGAUUAUGCCACCAUUUUUAACAACCUGCUGCUGGGAGAGACACCCCCUGUUGAGAUUAAUUCAAAGAAGGAAACCAGUGGUUCACAGAAGAAAUCCCAAGACAAGGGUCCUAAAACAGGAUCAGUAAAGAAGGAGAAAGCAGUGAAGCCAGAAGAAGGGCAGCUCGUGCAGCUGGAAGAGAAGGGGCAGGGUUCAGUGCCCUGGUCGGUGUACGGUGUCUACAUCCAGGCUGCUGGGGGCCCCUUGGCCUUCCUGGUCAUUAUGGCCCUUUUCAUGCUGAAUGUGGGCAGCACUGCCUUCAGCACCUGGUGGUUGAGUUACUGGAUCAAGCAAGGAAGUGGGAACAGCACAGUGACUCGAGAGAACAAGACAUCCGUGAGCGACAGCAUGAAGGACAACCCUCUGAUGCACUACUACGCCAGCAUCUAUGCCCUCUCCAUGGCUGUCAUGCUGAUCCUGAAAGCCAUUCGGGGAGUGGUCUUUGUCAAGGGCACGCUGCGCGCCUCCUCCCGGCUCCACGACGAGCUUUUCCGCAGGAUCCUUCGCAGCCCUAUGAAGUUUUUUGACACGACCCCCACAGGAAGGAUUCUCAACAGGUUUUCCAAAGACAUGGAUGAAGUGGAUGUGCGCCUGCCAUUCCAGGCCGAGAUGUUCAUCCAGAACGUCAUCCUGGUGUUCUUCUGCGUGGGGAUGAUCGCGGGCGUGUUCCCCUGGUUCCUCGUGGCCGUGGGGCCCCUCGUCAUCCUCUUCUCAGUGCUACACAUCGUCUCCAGGGUCCUGAUCCGCGAGCUGAAACGUCUGGACAACAUCACACAGUCCCCUUUCCUCUCCCACAUCACGUCGAGCAUACAGGGCCUUGCCACCAUCCAUGCCUACAAUAAAGGGCAGGAGUUUCUGCACAGGUACCAGGAGCUCCUGGAUGACAACCAAGCCCCCUUCUUCUUGUUCACGUGUGCGAUGAGGUGGCUGGCCGUGCGCCUGGACCUCAUCAGCAUCGCCCUGAUCACCACCACUGGGCUGAUGAUCGUCCUCAUGCACGGGCAGAUUCCCCCAGCCUAUGCGGGCCUCGCCAUCUCUUACGCCGUCCAGUUAACAGGACUGUUCCAGUUUACGGUCCGGUUGGCAUCUGAGACAGAAGCUCGAUUCACCUCGGUGGAGAGGAUCAAUCACUACAUCAAGACCCUGUCCUUGGAAGCACCUGCCAGGAUCAAGAACAAAGCUCCCCCUGCCGACUGGCCGCAGCAAGGAGAGGUGACCUUUGAGAACGCAGAGAUGAGAUACCGCGAGAACCUCCCCCUGGUCCUGAAGAAAGUGUCCUUCACCAUCAAGCCGAAGGAGAAGAUCGGCAUCGUGGGGCGGACGGGGUCAGGGAAGUCCUCUCUGGGGAUGGCCCUCUUCCGGCUGGUGGAGUUGUCCGGGGGCUGCAUCAAGAUCGACGGAGUGCGAAUCAGUGGCAUCGGCCUCGCCGACCUCCGGAGCAAGCUCUCCAUCAUUCCUCAGGAGCCGGUGCUGUUCAGUGGCACUGUCAGGUCAAAUUUGGACCCCUUCAACCAGUACACAGAAGAUCAGAUCUGGGACGCCCUGGAAAGGACACACAUGAAAGAAUGUAUCACUCAGCUACCUCUGAAACUCGAAUCUGAAGUGAUGGAGAACGGGGAUAACUUCUCAGUAGGGGAGCGGCAGCUCUUGUGUAUAGCAAGGGCCUUGCUCCGCCAUUGUAAGAUUCUGAUUUUAGAUGAAGCCACAGCUGCCAUGGACACAGAGACAGACUUGCUGAUUCAAGAGACCAUCCGAGAAGCCUUUGCAGACUGCACCAUGCUGACGAUUGCCCAUCGCCUACAUACGGUUCUCGGAUCUGAUAGGAUUAUGGUGCUGGCCCAAGGACAGGUGGUGGAGUUUGACACCCCAUCGGUCCUCCUGUCCAACGACAGCUCCCGGUUCUAUGCCAUGUUUGCUGCUGCAGAGAACAAGGUCGCAGUCAAGGGCUGACCCCUCCUGUCCACAACGUCUCUUUUCUUUGGAGCAUUGCCGCUCCCCGCCUGGGGCAGGCCCCUCAUCGCGUCCUCCUGCCGAAACCUUGCCUUUCCCGACUUUAUCUUUCGCACAGCGGUUCAGGAUUGGCUUGUGUGUUUCACUUUUAGGGAGAGUCCAUAUUUUGAUUAUUGUAUUUAUUCCAUAUUCAUGUAAACGAAAUUUAGUUUUUAUUCUUAAUUGCACUCUAAAAGGUUCAGGGAACCAUGAUUAUAAAUGUAUCAGAGGCCUAUAAUGAAGCUUUAUACGUGUAGCUAUAUCUAUAUAUAAUUCUGUACAUAGCCUAUAUUUACAGUGAAAAUGUAAGCUGUUUAUUUUAUAUUAAAGCGAAGCAGUGUGCUAAUCACACUGCGUAUUCCUCUCUCA